AUGUCAUACAAUCCGACACCUCAAAUGAACACUUAUCCUCCUCAACAAUCUCAACAAGUUACUUCGAAGAAUAAUACUUGGAAACAUGAUUUAUUUUCAUGCUUUGGUGAUAUUGGUUUAUGCAUUGUCACAACUUGGUUUCCAUGUAUAACAUAUGGGCAAAAUUCCGAAAAAUUAGGAGGAAGUUGCGUUGGAAAUUGUCUCUUAUAUUCAUGUAUUCCAUGUUGCUUAUGCGUAUUUGUUACCACGAAACGUUCAGAAAUUAGAAAUAGACAAGGAAUCGAUGGAUCUUGCAUGGGUGACUUUUGCACUCAUUUUUUUUGUCAUUGUUGUGCUCUUAUUCAAGAAGGAAGAGAAUUACAAUAA